UUAAAAAUUCACUUUUUUUAAUGUCUUCCAACGUUCCAUGGAAGUGCCGUGCCUGCCUGCCUGCCAAUGCCUUAUCCCCCGCCGCGGAACAAGCAAAACCCUCUCUUUCCAAGCCCGCUGCAGCCCUUCGAAUUAUGGCAGCUGCCGCCGCCGCGGCCGGAGCUGCAUCGGCCGCCGUCGCCAACCAAGACCCUAUGAACGCGCUCCGCACAGCCGUCCUCCGCCGCUCCGCGCCGCACUGGUCCGCAGGCGCCGCUUCCUUCUUUUCCCCGCCCUUCCGCCCCCGCCGCUGCCGCUGCCGCCGCGAGCCAGCUCCUGCAGCCACCGCGCGUACCCCGCGGUCCCGCGCGAGUGCCAAGGCCCGGGCGAAGCUCCUGGCGGAGGCUGAGCCCCGGGACCCCUGGCUCGCCUCCCUCUCGCUGCUCCCGACCGACGACGUCGCCGGUGCUGACGCCGCCCCCAACGGGUGGGCGAUUGGGGUGGAUCCCGACACUCGAGGCGCCAUCGCCGUCCUCUCGCCUGACGGCUCCUCUCAGGUGUUCGACAACCCGUUCGUGCACAUUGUGGUGUCAGAGGUCAUCCGGAAGCGCCUGGACACCAAGUCCAUUAUACAACUGCUCCGCGGCCUUGAUGUGCCUCCUGGAACUACGGCAUACAUUGAGAAGUCUAGCCCAUUUCCAACUGAUGGAAAGCUGGGAUGGUGGAGCACUGGUUUCUCAUAUGGCUUGUGGAUUGCUUCUCUAGUGGCUUCUGGAUUUUCAGUUGUUCCGAUUGCAUCCCAGACAUGGAAGGCUCACUUUGGGCUAUCCCGAAGUGAAACACCAAAGGAUGAUAGCAGACAAGCUGCUUCAAUUUUGUUCCCUGACAAAGCUCAGUCCUUGAAGUUGAAAAAACACCAUGGGCGAGCAGAGGCUCUUCUGUUAGCAGCCUAUGGGAAGGGCCUUGUGCUGCCAUCAAGGAAGUUCAGCGAAACCCCAGUUUGAUGUCUACGGCGAUUGCCGAUUGGCUUGCCAUUUUUAAGGGUGAGCAGAGGCUCUUCUGUUAGCAGCCUAUGGGAAAGGCCUUGUGCUGCCAUCAGGGAAGUUCCGCAAAACCCAAGUUUGAUGUCUAUGGUGAUUGCCGAUUGACUUGGCAUUUUCCAUAUUGAUGGUACUGCAAACAUUUCAGUUCGCUUAGGAGGUCCCAAUCAAGUACAUAAGAUAUUGAGGGUGAAUCUGCUGUAAGUUUGCAAACCGUAAUAGAGAUCGUAGCUAACCCAUCAACUUUCGUGGAAUGCAUUACAGCAUUAGACAUUUCCCACUGUUUCGUUGAAAUCAUCACAGCAUUAGACAAUUCCCAUUGUGUCCUUAGUGUGACAGGCUAGCGUAAAUGAGAUCUAGAUGUUGUAGACAUGUAAUGAUUGGAAGCUGGAACAAACUGAUGCUCCAUUCCCGUUUGCUGAGAACAUGUAACGAUUGGAAGCUGGAACGAAUUGAUGCUCCAUUUCCGUUUGCUGAGAACAUGUAAUGAUUGGAAGCUGGAACAAACCGAUGCACCACUGAAAUCUACUAGCUCUGAGGGCAGAA